AUGUCCCUUGAAGACUCUCUAAGAUCUCUCUCCCUCGAUUACCUCAACCUCCUCAUCAACGGCCAGGCUUUCAGCGACGUCACUUUCAGCGUCGAGGGUCGCCUUGUCCACGCGCACCGCUGCAUACUCGCCGCCAGAAGCCUCUUCUUCCGGAAAUUCUUCUGCGGCCCGGACCCUCCCUCCGGCCUUGACCCCGCCGGCCCGCGGCUCAACUCGCGCUCCGGCAUCAUCCCAGUCAACUCCGUCGGCUACGAGGUCUUCCUUCUCAUGCUCCAGUUCCUCUACAGUGGCCAAGUCUCCAUCGUCCCUCAGAAGCAUGAGGCCCGUCCCAAUUGCGGCGAGCGAGGCUGCUGGCACACGCAUUGCACCUCCGCCGUCGAUCUCGCCCUCGACACCCUCGCCGCCGCCAGAUACUUCGGCGUCGAACAGCUCGCAUUGCUUACCCAGAAACAACUUGCGAGCAUGGUGGAGAAGGCUUCCAUAGAGGAUGUAAUGAAAGUGCUGUUGGCUUCGAGAAAGCAAGACAUGCAGCAACUAUGGGCCACUUGUUCUCACUUGGUAGCAAAAUCAGGUCUUCCUCCCGAGGUUCUCGCCAAGCACCUCCCCAUAGACAUUGUGGCCAAAAUCGAAGAGCUUCGCUACAAAUCCUCGAUCGCCCGCCGCUCCUUGGUGCCACACCAUCCCCGCCAUCACCCCCACCCCGACCACGCUGCCCUCGACCUCGAGGACCAGAAAAUCCGGCGAAUGAGGCGCGCGCUGGACUCCUCCGAUGUGGAACUCGUGAAGCUCAUGGUAAUGGGGGAGGGUCUCAACCUCGACGAAGCACUGGCCUUACCCUACGCGGUGGAGAAUUGCAGCAGAGAAGUGGUGAAGGCAUUGCUGGAACUCGGUGCAGCCGACGUCAACUACCCCUCAGGCCCCGCCGGAAAGACGCCACUGCACAUUGCCGCGGAGAUGGUGUCCCCAGACAUGGUGGCGGUCCUGCUGGACCACCACGCGGACCCGAAUGUGAGAACCGUUGAUGGGGUCACGCCUUUAGAUAUCCUCAGAACCCUAACCUCGGAUUUCCUCUUUAAGGGUGCUGUCCCAGGAUUGACCCACAUCGAACCCAACAAACUGAGGCUGUGCUUGGAGCUUGUUCAAUCAGCAGCUCUUGUCAUGUCACGAGAAGAAGGCAAUGCCAACAACAACAACGCUCCUAAUUCCGCAGCACCCAUUUACCCUCCCCCCAUGAACGAGGACCACAACAGCAGUAGUAGCAGCGGCAACAACAACAACAACAACAUCGGAAACCUCAACUUAGAUUCAAGGUUGGUGUAUCUGAACCUUGGUGCCACCGCUUCCAUGAGUUCCCGGUUGGACGGUGGUGAGGACGAGAGAGAAGCCAUGAACACAAACAUGUAUCAUCACCACUCUCAUGACUUCUAG